AUGCCAAGGAAGGCCGUUCUGCUAAAGUCCUUAGCCCGUGGACGAAUCCGCUCUUCGUUCAACAAAUACAAUCUCUUCAACCUUUACAAGAAGGGCGAUGUGGAUUUCAGAUCGAAAACACUUUACCAGCAGAAGUGGACCGCGAAGCAGGAGACGAGGGCUUACCACGGAGAGCAUAUGACCGAGGGAAGAUGGCAGACGACUUUCACUCCAAAGCUUGAUUCUGUUGCUCAACUGGACGCUUCUCUGAAAGGUGGGGAAAUUGAUCAAACUCCAAUUCUAUUGCAGACAUUUGCGGUUCUGGAGAAGAGGCUCGACUUUGCGCUUUUCAGAGCGAUGUUUGCUUCAUCUGUAAGACAGGCGCGCCAGUUUAUUUUGCACGGGAACGUUUUCGUUAACGGCAUCAAGAUCACGCAGCCGGGCUACCCACUGAAAGCUGGAGACGUAUUCAAUGUCAAGCCUGAGAAGGUAUUACAAGCUUUGGGUGCCAAGAAGCCAAGUUUAAGUGAGGCUUUGAAAAUCGACAAGCUUCAGAUCGCUGUGUGGAAUAAAUAUGUCAAGGCCAUAAAAGAAAAUCCAAGGGAGGAGUGGAAACGGAAACAAGAGAAGUUCAGGGCUAUGGAUGAUUCUAAUCCUAAGAAACAGGAGUACAUGGAGUUUGUGAGAAAUUACAACAAAUCAUUGACAGCUCAAAUGGAGUCUGAAAUUAAAAGUGCGACCAAGGAAGCCAUUCUGGGUAAAGCAGUUUUGGCCGGGUCAUCUGCGGCGGAUCCCGAGAAUCCACUUGUUGAAGAGUUUCUGACACACUUCUACGACGACAAGGCCCUUGCCACAAAGGCAGUUGAGUGCUUCAAUGAAUUGAGAAACACAAAGCUUAUCCAGCCAGAUGCCGCUUCAAAAUCCGUUGCGGAACUUACCGAGUUUGCAAGAACCCUAACGAACUUAACAGAGGAACUGAAGAACAGCAUGUCUGACAGCUCCAAGAAAUCUUUACGAGCCGCUAAAAACAUCGUCUCGGAGCUUUUGACGUCACAAGACAGCGUCAUCAGAAAGCUAUAUGAGUCGAAAAAGGGAAGUGAAGAAACCUUAUCAAUUCCUUACGACCCUUUGUGGGCUAAAAGGAUUCAAGGUCAUAAACCAAUUGAUAUCAAGGAAUUGGCGGAAGACGAAAGCAAGGCCAGCCAACUCAUAAAUUUACCUUGGCAAAAAGGACUAUAUGGACGUCAAGACCCUUCAAAGCCAUACUUCACUCCAUGGAAGCCUCGGCCCUUCUUGGCGCCAUUUGCCAUUCUUCCUCACCACAUCGAGGUUUCUUUCAAGACCUGCCACGCGGUGUAUCUGAGGGAUCCAGUUGCUAGGCCGGGUCAAUCGGAGGUGAUAUCUCCAUUUGGGUUGCCAGUCCACGAGCGUGCGUACAUGUACUACGUUAGAAAUGGUAAAUAA